UUCAUAUUCAUAUAUAUAUAGAUAUGGCCAAGCAAAAUAUUGUUGUCAAGGUGGCCAUGUUCGAUCACAAGAAAACUCGUAAGGCUCUCAAGAUCGUCGUUGGUGUCUCCGGUGUGGAAUCAGCGGCUUUGAUCGGAUCAGAUAAAAAUCAAAUCAAAGUGACUGGGGAAGGAAUCGACUCAGUCGAACUCGCGACGCUGCUAAGGAAAGGCGUAGGAUGCACAGAGCUGGUGAGUGUUGGUCCGGUGGAGGAGAAGAAACCCGCUGUCACCGCUGCUGCUGCCGCCAGUCAAACGCCGGCUACGGUGGUGCCACUGCAAGUUUAUCCUCACCAUUAUAGCUGCUAUGGAGGGCCGUACUACCAUGUCUACGAAAGUUGCAGCAACGACGAUCCCUCUUGUACCAUUAUGUAAAAUUGCACCAACUGAAAAGCACAACAAUUAUACUUUCAUUUGUUUUACGAGGCGUUCCAAUGGCUUUUGCGCCAUCGUAAAGGGUUGAACUUUUCAACCAAGUGGGUUGUCGUUUUGAUAAAGCCAUGACGGACGUUUUUAUCAAUUUAGAGGUACUAGAACGAAACUCGUACAAUGUAGUGAGAUAAAUUU